AUGUCGACAAGCGGAUUGAAGGCAAUUUCUCCGGUGCCCACAGCGGCGGACUUCUUGGAUAUCGUCUUGUCGAAAACACAACGAAAGACACCAACGGUCAUCCACAAGAAUUUUAAAAUCAGCCGCAUCCGCAACUUCUACAUGCGCAAGGUCAAGUUCACCCAAGAUUCGUUUGAUGAAAAGCUCAGUGCGAUCCUGGAGGAAUUUCCUAUGCUCGAUGACCUUCACCCAUUCCUUGCGUCUCUCAUGAACGUGCUGUACGACAAGAACCAUUACAAGCUCGCCCUUGGACAGCUUCGCACGGCAAGACAUCUAAUUGACCAGGUAGCCAAGGACUACGUGCGUCUUCUCAAGUUUGGGGACAGUCUGUACCGCUGCAAGCAGCUCAAACGGGCCGCACUUGGCCGGAUGGCGACAAUCAUGCGGCGGCAGAAGGAUCCGCUGGCGUAUCUUGAGCAAGUGCGGCAGCACAUCUCCCGUCUACCCGCAAUCGACCCUACCGCACGAACGCUACUGAUCUGCGGGUACCCGAAUGUGGGCAAGUCAUCGUUCAUCAACAAGGUCACCCGUGCAGACGUGGACGUGCAGCCGUACGCGUUCACCACGAAGUCGCUGUUCAUUGGACACCUUGACUACCGCUACAUGCGGUGGCAGGUGAUUGACACCCCCGGGAUUCUUGACCACCCCCUCGAGGACAUGAACACGAUUGAGAUGCAGAGUAUUACGGCACUCGCGCACCUCAAAAGUUGCGUACUGUACUUCAUGGACCUCAGCGAGCAGUGCGGGUACAGCGUCGAAGCUCAAUGCAAGCUCUUCAAAUCGAUCAAGCCGCUCUUUGCCAACAAGCCUACCCUGCUCGUGAUCAAUAAGGUCGACGUCAUGCGUUUGGAGGACCUAUCCCCAGACAAUCGUGCGUUGGUUGAGGAGAUCAUUAACAGCGACGGCGCGCUGCACGUGCAGGUAUCAUGUUACACUGAUGAGGGCGUCAUGGAACUCAAGAACAAGGCGUGCGAUGCCCUACUGGAACAUCGGGUUGAUACGAAGCUCAAGGGCAACAAGAUUAACUCAAUCAUCAACCGACUCCACGUCGCCCAACCCAAAGCAAGAGAUGAACUUACGCGAGAACCUUUCAUUCCAGAAGCCGUCAAGACGCGACAAGCGGAAAAGGCGGCUGGAGAGCGGAGGCGGCUGGAAAAGGAUAUCGAAGCGGAGGAAGGUGGACCUGGAGUGUACAAUAUCAACCUCAAAAAAAAUUACCUCCUCGCGAAUCCCGAGUGGAAGGAGGACACCAUACCGGAAAUCCUGGAUGGCAAGAACAUCGCCGACUUCAUCGAUCCCGAUAUUCUCGAAAAGCUCGAGGCGCUGGAACGCGAAGAGGAGAAGCUCGAGGCGGAGGGCUUUUACGAGAGCGAGGAUGACAUGUUCGACUCCGAUGAUGAGCGAGAAGCCGCAGAAGCCAAAGUUUCGCGGCAACACAAGCUCGUCUCACAACAUUCCAAGAAGGCGAUGAAAAACCAGGCGAAGCUUCCGCGCACAGCAGGCCUCCGUACGCUGUCCGAGCUAACAACAGGAAUGACAAAAGCAGGCCUCGAUCCUAGCCGGAUACAGGCGCGUGCAGAGAUGCUCGCAAAGGCUGCGGGUGUGAAGCGAAAGCGACAGCGUGAGGAGGAGGACGCGGAGAUGGAUGUCGACAUGGAGGGUGACGAGGGUGACUGGAUGGACGUAGACGGCGAGGAGCCUCCAUCGAACAAGCGGGCGAAGGCCAACUCCGGUGUGGUCGUCUCAAAGAGAGCGCCCAGAUCGAAUCGGCAGCUGGCUGGCAUGCGCGACGAAGCGCAAGCAUCCAAAGCUAUCAAGCUGCGGAACCUUGGACAGCGCGAACGCAACAUGCACGCCAAGGCUGGCGAGAGCGAUCGUGCCAUCAAGGUCAAGAUGCCGAAGCACCUAUUUUCUGGGAAGCGGAAAAUGGGCAAGACGGAUCGUCGCUAG